AUGUCGUUUCUUUCCAUUCCGGCUUCGCGCCCCACGUGGCCUUCCUUUGUCAAUCGCGCUACGGUUGUCUUGGACCGCAUCUGCGGUUGUGCCUACACUGACGCCCAAAUCUUUGUCGAGACGUCGGACGUUGGUUUUCCCUGGGACGACGGCAAUUCGAUCGUUGAUUCGAUCGACUGGCACGACCAAUUCUACCAUCCCCAACACACGGACACGGAUUUGACCAAAGAAGUUGCUGCUCCUUGUCGGAGAACCAAGACGACGAUACCGAAGAGGACAGCAUCGCCAUCAUCCGUCAUCGUCCUACACGCCUCCAAAAAGGCCCCGUCGCUCACCCUCAGUCCUCGCCGGACAACGGAUAGCGCUACCGUCACCACCGCCGCCAGUUCGUCCGCGGAAGACGAUCGGGAGGACGUGCGGCGAACUCCCAGCGAAAUCUCUGUACCUUACCGGGCCGUCCGACGCUGGUCCAGUGCCAGUCAGGAACACGACCCCGUAGCGUGUUUCGACGAGGCCCCGGCUCUGUGGGUCGCUCCCGUUGACCUGCGCAAGGUCCAAUCGGCCGGACGACGAGCCCUGCCGCGACUGCACGGACACGACCGUUGA